GGCGCGGCAUGGAGCGGCUGCGGCUCCUCGGGCUUUGGCUCCUUGGCAUUUGGCUCCUCGGGAUGUGCUUCCUCGGGAUGCUGCUCCCCCGGGGUUUGGCUUUUCGGGAUGCAGCCCCCACCGACCAGGGAUGCAGCAUCCCCCCAGGGAUGCAGCCCGCGCCCCGCAGGAUGGGGCUCCUUGUCCCUGCGGAGGGUCCAGUUACAGGCCUCCUCUGAACGUCUGGUGGGGUAAAAGCUGCGUGGGGAUCUCCACAGCUGCAGGAUUUGCUGUCCCCACUCACGUGGGCUCCUUGGUCUGUGGCUGUGGCAUCCAUUUUCCUGUUCAGCAUUUCCUUGAUAGGAUGAUGGUGCUCUGUUUUCUGGGCAGAGCCCUGCCACGAGCAAGGCAUUCACCCAGCCCACUGGGGAGACAACUCUGCUCAGCCAGCGCAAAUAAGCCAGUGUUGACUUUAUUCACCAAGAAACCAUGCCCUCUGUGUGAUGAAGCAAAGGAAGUUCUCGAGCCAUACAAGAAAAGGUUUGUUCUGCAUGAGGUGGAUAUUACCCUUCCAGAGAACUCAGAGUGGUAUGAUAAAUACAAAUAUGACAUACCUGUUUUUCACUUAAAUGGGAAGUUCCUAAUGAAGCAUCGAGUCGACAUUCAGAAGUUUGAAGACCGACUUAGGAAGAUGGAGUUGCAAAGUGAGGGAAACUAGUGAAGAAAAUGCAGCUGCUCUGAGGCAGAUCUCAAAGGUGAAAAGAACUGUGUGAAAAAAAAACUUGAAUUCAUUAUCUGGCCUUAAAUUUCUUAUGAAUUUUCAGACUCACAUGAAUCUCAAAAACAUGAGUGACUUGUGUUCUAUUUUGUAUUAAUCCCCCAGCCCAGCUGCACAAGGAGCCACCUUUUCUGUGCUACUCAUUUGUUGGUCUUGUGGGCUGGUUUUUCACUGGCAGAAUAAAAGCUGCUGCUCCAUAACACCAUCUAAAGUAAACUCUGUUUGCAUAGGGUUGGCAUGGCCAGGUUUGGCUAGUGGGGGUGGUACAGGGGUGGUUUCUCUGAGAAGCUGCUGGAAGUUUCCUCUGUGUCCAGCUGAGCCAACUCCAGCCAGGUCCAGGAUGGUCCCUCUGGCCACGUCUGACACCAUCACUGAUGACAAGUAAGAAGGAGAGAAUGUUUAAUUAAAUAACCACAAACCCUGUUCUUCAUCCCCUUGAACCACUGAGGGGCAGAAGGAAGAGAAAACUGAGAGAAGUUAAGCCUGGGAAGAAGGGAAGGGUGGGACAAAGGAGUUUUUAAGAUUUAGUUUGUUCUUUGUCUUUAUCCUACUGUGAUUUGAUAGGUAAUAAAUUAAUUUCCCUAAGUCAA